UACGGUCAAAUGACGUCACUGGGAUUUUUCAUAAUUUUCAACUUUCCCGUACCGACAUUUUUCUCCUCAUCUAGUCCCCCAACAAACAUUUCCAUAUACAAUUUACCGCUAUUAAGCAAUCUAAUCAGAUUAUUGUGAAUUAGAAAUAAGUGGGUUGUUAGCUGUGAAGCUUGUAAGAUAGUUCACAACAGUAAUGAACCCGUUAUUCUGAUAGAAAAAUGUUUUUCCAAUAUGUUUUGCCAGUUCUAAUUUUGUGUAAUAUUUGUUUAUGUUUACCAACAAGGGAAAAUGAUUUGGAAGAAAUAAAACAAGAAAUUAAUGAGAAUUUUCUUCAGAACCCAAGAUAUAUAGAUUAUGAUGAGCUGACAAACCUUUUUAAAAAAUUAGAAACAGAACAUUCGGAUAUAGCCAAGCUGAUAUCUGUUGGAAGAUCAGUGAAAAAUCGUGAGUUAUGGGUUCUAGAGAUCCAUGCAAAUGUGGCAAAUCGCAGUCUUUUGACACCUAUGUUCAAAUAUGUUGCAAAUAUGCAUGGGGAUGAAACUGUAGGUAGACAGUUGAUGAUAUACCUUGCUCAAUAUCUCAUUUAUAAUUACGGAAAAGAUGAAAGAGUUACAAGGCUUGUGAAUACCACAGAUAUAUAUUUAAUGCCUUCAAUGAAUCCAGACGGCUAUGAAAAUUCAUUGGAAGGUCAUUGUGAUUCUCGAACUAAGUAUGUAGGAAGAAACAAUGAGAAUGGCUACGAUUUGAAUCGUGAUUUUCCUGAUCAAUUCAAUAAGUCUUUAACACGAGGUACAAUCUUAGCCGGGAGGCAACCCGAAACUGUUGCUAUGAUGACAUGGAUUUUAUCCAGGCCAUUUGUUCUGUCUGGUAAUUUGCACUCUGGAGCAGUUGUUGCUAGUUAUCCCUAUGAUGAUUCAAAUACUGGACGACAAUGUUGUAAAGAAAGUAAAUCUCCAGAUGACAACUUAUUUAAAAGACUUGCUUCUGUUUAUGCACAUAAUCAUGCAAUAAUGAAAUCUGGAAAUGGUUGCCCACAAGAACACUUCGAAGACGGAAUUACUAAUGGAGCAUUUUGGUAUGAACUUCAGGGUGGCAUGCAAGAUUUCAAUUAUGUUCAUUCAAACUGUUUUGAAGUUACAUUUGAAUUAACAUGUUGCAAAUUUCCAUCUGCAACAACAUUACCAAAAGAAUGGCAGUUGAACAAAGAAUCACUGUUGAAAUACAUGGAAGCUACACAUUGGGGUGUCAAGGGAAUCGUUACAGAUACAGAUGGUACGCCAGUACUUGAUGCAGACGUACAAAUUAUUGGAAUCAAGCAUAAUGUCACCACGUCGAAUAGAGGAGAGUAUUGGAGGCUUCUUCUUCCUGGAUCUUAUGAAAUACUGGCAUCAGCAUAUGGAUAUGAACCGUCAGAAAAAGUGAGAAUUACAGUAAAGGAGGGCAAGACAACAAGGCAGGACCUUGUACUCAAAAGAUCUGUUCCAAUUGAAGGAGAAUACCAAAAACUGAUCAAAGAAAAUAAGGAUGCAUAUGAUAAAUACGGUUUCAUGGUUGCUGAUGAUUCUGUCUUUCAACACCAUCAUUAUGAUGAUAUGGAAAAGUUUAUGAAAAAAUACAACAAAUCCUAUGCCAACAUCACUAACAUGUAUUCGAUCGGGAAAACUGUACAAGGCAGGGAGAUGUGGGUUUUUGUUGUUAGCAGCACCCCCUUCAAACACGUUCCAGGUAAACCAGAAUUCAAGUAUGUUGCGAACAUGCAUGGAAAUGAGGUAGUUGGUAGAGAAUUACUGUUGUUAUUGAUAAAAUACCUUUGCGAAAGGUAUGGAACAGAUGAUAGAAUAACCCAGUUGCUGAAUAAUACAAGGAUUCAUCUCCUUCCUAGUAUGAAUCCCGACGGGUAUGAAAUAUCAAGAGAAGGCGAUGCCUCCAGCGGAAGGGGAAGAAGCAAUGCUCAUGGCGUUGAUUUGAAUAGAAAUUUUCCUGAUCAAUAUGUUGUCAAUGAGUUCAAUAGGGUUAUUGAACCAGAAACGAAGAACGUGAUGGACUGGAUAUUUUCACAAUCUUUUGUGCUUUCCGCGAAUCUCCACAAUGGUGCCCUGGUGGCAAACUAUCCUUACGAUGAUACGCCCGACUUGAAACAAUAUAGAAAUCCCACACCAGAUGACGCAGUUUUCAAACACUUAGCCCUGACUUAUUCUAAUGCGCAUAGAACAAUGCACGAUGGAAAGCCUUGUCCAAUGUUCCCGAAAGAAAAAUUCACAAACGGUAUAACCAACGGAGCUGAGUGGUACAUUAUAACAGGAGGAAUGCAAGAUUGGAACUAUAUGGUAGCAGGUUGUAUGGAGAUCACCCUUGAAGUUGGUUGUUACAAAUAUCCGACCUCUGACAAACUACCACAGUACUGGUUAGACAACAAGGAAGCUUUGAUAACAUACAUUGAACAGGUUCAUAAAGGAAUUCAUGGAUUUGUACGAAGUACCAUAGGUCAACCCAUUUCUCGUGCAGAGAUAAUGGUAGACGGUAUUUCACAUUUCGUAAAAACUGGUAAAGACGGAGAUUAUUGGAGGAUCCUUUUACCUGGUGUUUACAAUAUAACAGUAAUGGCAAGAGGAUAUGAAAGUUAUACACAACAAGUGAUCGUACCUGCUUCUGGUAGUUUCAGUUACAAUAUAACCCUACUAAAGAAUGAUGGGGCUCACUGGGCGAACGCCUACGAUUUCGAUAACCAAAAGAAUCAGUAUCACCCCAAAUACCAUUCCAACAGUGAAAUAUACGAGGUUAUGGGCAAACUGGAGAAUAUGUAUCCAGAUGCUGCUAGUUUCCAAAGUGAGAGUGAAGUAUCAAUGGCCAUUCACAGUUUGAAGGUUUCGAAUGAGGUUGAAGGUUCUGAUGAACAUAAAUUCAAGAUAGCCAUAAUAGGAAACCUCUACGCUACGCAACCUUUAGGCCGCGAACUUAGUAUCUAUAUGGCCCGCCAUUUGCUGGCAGGUUUGAAGAUAGGGGAUCCACUCAUCGGGAAGAUCUUGAAUGAAACAGUCAUCUACAUUGUACCUGUCAUUGAUAAGGCUUUCGAACAAGUUUGGGGGGAUUAUAACAAAGAAUCGAGUGGUACUAAAAUACCUGACAACUAUGUAUGUAACAAUAUAACAGCAGACUUCAAACAAGUUGGCGAUCAGGUCAUGAAUUCUGGAAAAGGUAGGGUAAAUAGCAUCACUGAAAGGAAGAGCAUUGCGAAUGCAUUCAAGAGAAUGCUCAUUGAGGAGAAAUUCAACUUGGUCUUGAACUUCGAAGGAGGUGGUAGUGGAAUGAUAUAUCCAAAAUCAAAGGAUAACACCAACAUUUACAAAAAAUACUACGAUUCCUUUACAUAUCAAUAUAAACCAUCAAUAUUAUGUGGGAAUGACUUCACUGGAACUCAAGAUACAUUAACUGAUUAUUUAUAUAAUGAGUAUGAUACACCAAUUCUAACUGCCAAAGUUAGCUGCUGUCCCUAUCCGGCCAUCGAAAACCUACCCUACAUUUGGAGGGAGGUUAUGUCUCCCGUCAUGGAAAUUUUAAAAUUGGCUUCAUCAGGUGUGCACGGUUACAUCCAAGAUGAAGCUAAGAAACCAAUGAUAAAUGCAACUAUACAGGUGCAAGGUCUCAAUAAAACAUUUGAAGUGGAUAAAGUCACAGCCCACUUCAACAUUAUGCUUCCUCCAGGCAAAUAUUCACUUGAAAUUGAUAGUCAUAACUAUAAACCAGUUACUGAUAAUAUAGAAAUUGGUAACGAAAAAUUAUUCUUGCCCAUUACUCUAGUCAAAAGCGAUGAUAAUGUUGGUAUUGCAAUACCUAUAGUGAGUAAAACUGAUGCCGAAAAUAAGAUUCUACAUCAACCUCUGUAUUUGAAUGGAAUCAAAAGUAAUGGCUUGAGAGGUUAUGUGAAGGACAAUUUCGGCCAUCCAGUACCUAAGGCUGAAAUUCACGUCGUUGAAAAAAAUAUAACAGUACUAUCAGAUGAUGAUGGGAAGUAUGCCUUGCCCCUAGAAGUAAAUAGGUACACAAUAAACAUUUCUGCUUCUGGUUAUCAUGACUUAACCAAGUAUUUGAAGAUUGAAAAUUUGAAUGGUGUACCUGAUGUGGUUAUAUUCACCCUAACCAAAAAUUCCGAUGUGAUGGGUUUGCCAAGAAUUAUUUUUGUUUUUAUUUUAGGCUUUGGACUUGUUUUAUUUGUGGGAUCAAUAAUUUUCUGUUAUAUGUCUUGUAAGAAGAAAAAUGAAUAUUGGUUACUAAACAACAGUGGUUAUUUUGAAGAUUUCAAAGAUUAUGAUGAAGGGAAAGAAAACGAACUGUUUAGGAGACCCGUUGAACGUAAACCAGUAAUAGUGAGGCCUUACUUUGAUGAAGACGAUGAUGAAGAAAGAGAAUAUGAACAUGUAGACCAAGAGUUACCUUCAUCCUCAGAUAAUGAAGAUGAUAUUGUUUUACUCAGUAAUGUUAAAUAAGAAUAACGGGUAUGACGAUAAUUAAAAAAGUACCGAAAGUAAGGAAAAACAGAGAAAUCCAGGGUAAUUCUAUACUAGGAGUAAUAUUUAAUUAAGCAAAGCAAUAAUUGAUAAAAAGAGUGUUAGGCAUGAUGUCUCAUUCCAAUAGUAUUUAGAGAAGCAAAGCAAUAAUUGAUAAAGAGUAUCAAAUUUUUUCUAUAUGCAUUUGAGAUAUAAAUGUAUGCAUUUUAUGAUAUUUCACAUUCCUUUUUAACUUAAAUUAUGUUUUAAGCAUUGACAUAUUUUUAGUGGAAAAAAACUCAUUUUCUACUUAAUUAUUUCUCACCAAACAUUCUUUAUUUUCUCAUAUUGGAUCUCUUUUAUGCUUUUAUUUUAAUGAUUUGUUUAUAUACAUUUCUGAAUAUUGCUUUUAUUUCACAAAUUUAUAUUUUGUAUCUUCCUUUUUGCCUUAUUCAAAAUGAUAUUUUUAUACACAAUUUUAAAACUUAUUUGAUUUUUUUGUUCUAUUUUUUGUUAUAAUUCGAAUUUAGUUUUGUAAAUACCCCUCCAUUAAUUUGGAAAUAGUUGUUAAUAAAGUUGUAUUGCUAUUUUGAAAA